AUGGCAAAAAAAGAAUACGCAAUAGGAAUCGAUUUGGGAACAACCAACUCAUGCAUGGCUGUUAUGCAGAAUGGAAAGCCUGAAAUAAUCAUCAACAAGUCCGGAGGAAGAACUACUCCUUCCAUCGUGGCUUUCGCAGAGAACGAGCUUUUGUUCGGAGAGACCGCUGGAAACAACGCUAGAAACGACCCAGCAAACACUGUCUACGACGCAAAGAGACUCAUUGGUCUUAACUUCGACGACCAGGAUGUGCAAAAGGACAUCAAGCACUGGCCAUUCACCGUCGUCAAGGGCUCAGGAAACAAGCCCAUGAUUGAGGUGACCAGGGCUGGAGAGCUUGUAAAGUACUACCCAGAGCAGAUCAGCUCUAUGCUGCUUAAGUACAUGAAGGACUGUGCAGAGGAGUACCUUGGCGCCCCCGUCAAGAAGGCUGUUAUAACUGUUCCAGCAUACUUCAAGAACAACCAGAGAGAACUCACCAAGGAGGCAGGAACCAUGGCUGACCUGGAGGUGCUCAGAAUCAUCAACGAGCCCACAGCAGCUGCAGUUGCAUACGGAAUGGACCAGGCCACUGGAGAGGGCGAGAAGAAGAUUCUUGUCUUCGACUUCGGAGGUGGUACAUUCGAUGUGUCCAUCCUCGCUGUCGAGAAGGGAUUCUUUGAAGUGAAGGCUACCGGUGGAGACACGCACUUGGGAGGAUCUGACCUUGACCACACUGUGGCUGAGUACUACGCAAGAGAGUUCGCAAAGGGAAAGAACAUCGACUACUCUGCCCUUGCUGGAAGGCCUCUUAGCAGACUGAAGGCCCAGGUUGAAAACGUGAAGAGAUCUCUCUCCUCCACAUCCUCAACCCAGCUGAUCAUCGACUCUUUCUACAAGGGAGAAGACCUGUGCUUCACCAUCACCAGAGCAAGAUUCGAGCUUAUCUGCAAGCAGUACUUCGACAAGCUUAUGCCAUGUGUUGAGAAGACCCUGGCCGACUCCAAGAUUCCAAAGGGAGAAAUCGACGAGGUUAUCCUGGUCGGUGGAUCCACAAGAAUCCCAAAGGUCCAGAAGAUGCUGUCCGACUACUUCGGAGGAAAGGCGCUCAACAAGAGCGUGCACCCAGACGAGGCAGUGGCACAGGGAGCAGCCAUCCAGGCCGCAGUUCUGAACGGAGAAAGCGUUGGCGGAAACAACGAGCUUCUGCUCCUUGACGUCAUCCCCCUGUCCAUCGGUAUUGAGACCGCAGGAGGAGUCUUCACCCCCAUCGUCCCCAAGAACACCACAAUCCCCACCACCAAGACACAGACCUUCAGUACCUACACUGACAACCAGACUGCCGUUUCCAUCGUGAUCUACGAAGGAGAGCGAGCAAUGGUCGCGGACAACCACAAGCUUGGAGAGUUCCACCUCACUGGAAUUCCCCCCGCGCCAAGAGGAAAGCCCGAAAUUGUUGUCAAGUGCAGCAUCGACUCCAACGGUAUUCUGUCUGUCUCGGCCAGCGAAGCAUCCUCUGGAAGCGAGCAGGAGAUCACAAUCACCAAGGACAAGACCAUUAACAACCAGGAGGAAAUCGACAGAAUGCGCGAGGAGGCUAUUAGAUUCCAGGAGCAGGACGAGAAGAACAGAGAAAUCAUCACUGCCUUCUCCAACGUUGACGCAUACGUGAGCGAUGUCAAGGAGAUGUUCAAGAAGCUGGACUCUGCCACCCAGGCUGAGGCAAACGCCAAGGUUGCAGAGGCAGAGGAAUGGCUUAAGUCAAUCCAGUCUCCUCUCAAGAGAACGGUUGAAGAGUACAUGGCAAAGAAGAAGGAACUCGAGGCCAUAUUUGCCCCCUUCAUUGCAAAGGUGCCAGGAGGUGGCGCUGCCGGAGCAAAUGCAGGAGCAAGCGAGCCAACUGUUGAGGAAGUCAACUAA